AUGCUCCCUCCUUCGACCGCGUCGACGAUGCUUCGCGCGAGCGCCGGCCGCUCGGCUGGUCUGCAGCCAGCCCUUUUGCGCAGUGCUACCUGCCCCUACUCGGCUGGGCUGACCACGAUGUCUCCUUUCCUCAGCACAAGCCCCCCCCCAUCCAAACCGCUCCAGCUCCGGCUUCUCUCAACCCGCCCUACCGUCAUCACCUAUGCCGCCGCGAAGUCACUCACCAUUAACAUCUCCCGUCGCCACUCCUCAACUCGCAGUCAACCCCCGCGCGCGGCGACUCCAGAUGCCGAAAUAGAUGCCAAGGCUGCUGAGGAAGCCGCCAAAGCCGCGAAGGCGGCGCACCCGGAGCAAGUGGUGCUGGACUGGAACACAUUCUUCCAGUUGCGUAAGGCGCGCCGUAGGUGGCAGUCUGCCUUUAGCAUUCUCAGCUCUGUGGCUGGCGGAUUUGGCGGCGCGGCGUUCCUUAGCACGGGCAUGGCCGACAGCGUUGUGUCGCAGAUCCCCUUGGAUCCCCUUAUCACUCUUGGCCUGUUGACGCUGAGCUGCGCGGCGUUGGGCUGGCUAGUGGGACCUAGCCUGGGCACGGCUGUUUUCAAUACGCUCAAGAGCAAGUACAAGGGGCCGAUGGCCAUCAAGGAGAGCGAGUUUUUUGCCAGGAUUAAGAAGCAUCGUGUUGAUCCGAGCGCGAGCUCAGUGAGAAAUCCGGUACCCGAUUUCUAUGGCGAAAAGAUCUCCAGCGUGGCCGGCUACCGGCAGUGGCUGAGGGACCAGAGAGCCUUUAACAAGAAGAAGGAGGGGGCAAUCUAG